CGCGGUUGUACUGGAGCCUAAAAACAAAACAAAAAAACAUUCGGACUCACAUUCACACCUACGGUCAAUUUAGUCUGCAAUUAACCUACCAUGCAUGUUUUUUGGGAUGUGAGACGAAACCCGGAGAAAACCACACAGGUGGAAGAGCUUGGCGGCGUGGCUGGAGCGGACAGCGAGGCUGGGGACGAAGAAGAACAAGGAGCUAUAGAUUCUUCUCGUAUAACGGUGACUUCAGGACCCGACACUGUGGCAGCAACUGAUGAUGACGACGUAUUCACACCUGGGAAUCCAACAAACAGAACAGCAACUAGAAGUGUGCUCAACAUCACAGCUGCCCAGCACUACAGAACAACCAUCAAGGAAAAGGCUUCGAGAACCAAAUCAAGAACUACCAUUUCCACAGACACUACAGAAACUACAGCAUCCAGAGUGAUAACACCUGUGACAAUGAAAAGCAUACUAACAAAUACAUCAACAGAAAGUGAGAGAUCCCAAACAAACAUGAUGAAAUCACCAACAGAAAGCAUAUCCCGACUUCAAAAAACAACCCUAUCCACAAGUAGCACAUCAUCAAGCAACACAAGCAACACACUUGCAUCAACGACAAACAAAACUAUGACUACACAAAAUAGAACAAACACACCCAUGCAAACAACUAUUGCCACAAGUACCACAGUUGCAAAAACAACAAACAACAAUACAAACACUAUAAUGACUACCACAAAUGAGAACACUAAAACAAACAUAUACACAACACAGGGAAUGUCAAGCACACUUGUGACUAUUUCAACCCAGAAUACAACCAUAUCCACAACUAGUACAACACUAAGCACGGCACUGGGAACAAAAAACACAAUAUCUACCUCAGCCAAGAUAAUAAACACAACCAUAUGCACAACACCUGCCAUAACAAACAGAACGACUGCUGCAACCCAAAAUACAACAAAUACGACCCUGUCCACAACUAGUACAACACCGAGCACCACACUUUCAUCAUCACACACAAUCGUGACUACCACAACCCAGAGCCCAACCAUAUACACAAGUCCUGCAACAGCAGUAACGUCCAUGACCACUACACUCCAAAACACAACCACACUAAUACCUACAACUACUAUAGGGCCAAAUAUUACAGAAUCUUCAACCACAGCAUACAUAUCCAUGACUACAACAACUCCAGACAGAACCAUGUCCACAUCUACAACACCUGACACAUCUAUGACUACCAUAACCAAUACACAACAAAAGAAAACUAGAGGCACAAGUACUGCAAAAGCAGUAAUAUCCAUGACUACUGGAUACAAAAAUACAACUACUUACCCACCUACAGCUACUACAGUGCCAAACACCACAGAUUCUGCAAAAACAGCAAACAGAUCCAUGACCACAGAAACAAACAUGUCCACAUCUGCAACAACUGACACAUCUAUGACUACCAUCACCUCUACACCGCAAAACACAACUAUAUCCACAACUAGCACAAUGCCAAGCACCACACUAGCAACAACAACAAACUCAACAAUGACUACAACCCAAAAGAUAAAUACAACCAUACUGAAAACACCUGAAACAAUGACGAGCACUCCUGUGACUACUGCAACCCAAAACCCAUUAAACAGAAUAUCUACAACUAGUACAACACCAAGCACCCCACUUGCAAUGACAAACACAUUAGCUACCACAUCUCAGAUAAUAAACACAACCAUAUGCACAAGCACCGCACUUGAAACAAAACACACAACCAUGACUACCACAACCCAAAACACAAUCAUAUCCACAAGUCCUGCAGGAGUAACAUCCAUGACUGCUGCACCCCAAAUCACAGCAACCACAACCAUACCGAAAGCUACUACAGUACCAAAUACCACAGAAUCGUCAACCAUGACAAACAGAGUCAUAGCAACCCCAGAAAGAACCAUGUCCUCAUCUGCAAUAACUAAUACAUCGAUGACUAGCAUCACCACUACACAGCAAAACCCAACUUUCUCCACUACUAGUACAAUGCCAAGCACCACGCUAGCAACAACAAACACAACAAUGACUACCACAACCCAGAACAUCAAUAAAACCAUAUCCCAAACACCUGAAACAAAGACAAGCACACCUGUGAUUACAGUAACUCAAAACCCAUUAAACAGAACAAUAUCCACAACUACAACAAUCCCAAGCACCGCACAAAAAAACAUGACGAUCACAACCCUAAACACGACCUUAUCCAAAACUUCUACAAAAACAGUAACAUCCAUGACGACGGCACCCCAAAACACAACAUCCACAACCAUAUAUACAUUGCCAAAUACCACUGAAUCUUCAACCAUGACAAACAGAUCCAUAACCACAGCAACUGCAGACACAACCAUGGCCAUAUCCGCAACAAGUAACACAUCUAUGCUUACCAUUACCAAUACAUCGCAAAACACAAUUAUAUCCACAUCUAGUCCAAUGCCAAGCACGACAACAAUGACAACCAACCCAAUCCAAAUCAUUAAUACAAACAUUUCCCUGAAACCUGAAACAAUGACGAGCACACCUGUGACUGCUACAACCCAAAACAGAAGAACGACUUCCAGAAGUCAGACUAUAGAUAAAACCAUAUCACAAACACCUGAAACAACUACUACAAUCACCACACACCACAAAACCAUGACUAUCACAAACCAUAACGCAGCCAUAUCCAAAGGUUCUACAACAGCAGUAACAUUCAUGACUACCGCACCCAAAAACGCAACUUCCACAACCACACCUACUACUACUACAGUGCCAAAUACCAUAGAAUCUUCAACCACGACAAACAAAUUGAUGACUACAGCAACUAGAGAUAGAACCAUAUCCGCAACUACCACUACGCCAAGCACCACACCAGCAACAACGACAAAUACAAUGACUACAACAACCGGGAACAUAAAUACAACCAGAUCACAUACAUCUGAAGAAAUGCAAAGCACACUUGUGACUAACACAACCCAAAGCCAAUUAAACACAGUCGUAUCCACCGGAACAAUGCCAACCACUACAAUAACACCAACAACAAAUGCAACAAUGACUACCACAACCCAAGACAUAACUACAACCAUAUCCCAUAUACCUGAAACAAUGAUAAGCAUACCUAUGAUGACUGAAACCCAAAACCCACCAAACCCAACGAUUUUGUCAACUAGUACAAUGCCAGGCACCACACCUGCAACAAAAAACAAAACCAUGACUAUCACAACCCAAAACAAAGUCAUAUCCACAAGUCCUGUAACAACAGUAACAACCAUGACUAUUGCACCCCAAAUCACAAUAACAACAACCAUAGCUUUAGCUACUACAGUGCCAAAUACCACAACAUUGUCAACCAUGAUAAACAGAUUCAAAACUACAGCAACUCAAGACAGAAUCAUGUCCACAUCUGCAAUAACUAACACAUCUAUGACCAGCAUCACUACUACACCGCAAAACGAAAAUAUCUCCACUAUGAGCACAAUGCCAAAACCAACACCAGCAACAACAAACACAACAAUGACUACCACAACCCCAAACACAAAUACAACCAUAUCAUUAACAACUGAAACAAUGACAAGCAUACCUGUGACUACUGCAACCCAAAACCCAUUACACACAACCAUAUCUGCAACAACAAGACAAAACACGACCAUAUUCACAACCACAAACAUACUGAGAGCUACUACAAUGCCAAAAACCACAGAAUACUCAACCAUGAGAAACAGAACCAUGACUACAGCAACUCCAGACACAACCAUGUCGGCAUUUGCAACAAGUAACACAUCUAUAACUACCAUCCCCAAUACUCCGCAAAACACAACUGUAGCCACAUCUAAUCCAAUGCCAAGCAUGACAGCAAAAACUCACACAACAAUGACUACCACGACCAAAAUCUUACACACAACAAUAUCCCAAAUGCCUGAAACAAUGACAAGCACACCUGUGACUACUGCAACCCAUAAUACAACAAUGACUACCACACCCCAGAACAUAAAUACAACCAUAUCACAAACACCUGAAAUAAUAACAAGAACACCCGUGGUUACUGCAACCCAAAACCUUAUAAACUCAACCAUAUCCACAACUAAUACAACGCGAAGCACCUCACUUGCAACGACAAACACAAUCAUGACUACUAUUACAACCCCAAACACAACCUUAAACACAGCCAUAUCCACAAAUCCUGGAACAACAACAACUUCCAUAACUGCUGCACCCCGAAACACAACCACGACCAUAUAUACAGCCACUACAGUGCCAAACAACACAGAGUCUUCAACCACAACUAAUACAUCCAUGAGUACAUCAAGCCCAAAUACACCCAUGUUCACCACCAGGACAACGCCAAGCAUAUUGACCACAUUGACAAACACCAUGACUCCAAAAGGUGCCUUGUUUCUGGCCCAUUUCAAGAUGAAGUUAAAUGUGGUUGAUGGUAUUAGCAAUGAGACCAUCAUUGAAUUUGUUGAAGCGGUCCUGAGGUCCUCUGGCACUGGCCUUGUAAUUAAAACUGCUGCAUUCAGCCUCUAUGCCACUGCACCUUUGGAAGAGCUGAGGGUAUCACGACUGCCUGUGGGGAUGUCAUCCUGCAGUUUCCCCGGGCUCGGGGGACUCUGGGCAAAGUGA